AUGGACACUCCUACUACUGACUCAGACCCGGAAUCUUUCGCCAUCAGCGAGUCCCUGGCUCCUUGGCGUGACAACAGAGCGGCGGUGACCACCAGUGUCUCCCUCGAUGGUCUCCUGCCAGUACCGUUACUUUUGAAAGAGGAUCUCAAGGAAGGCUGCGGCGGGCAAUUAUGGCCGGCCGGCAUGGUCUUAGCGAAAUAUAUCAUCAGUCGACACAAUUCGGAUCUGGGCGAUAAAACCAUCGUUGAACUCGGAGCCGGGGGUGGACUCGUGGGUCUCGCAAUCGCACAUGGAUGCAAGAUCGGACGAGCGCCUCUCUAUAUCACCGACCAACAGCCGAUGCUUUCCCUGAUGCAAGCCAACAUUCAACUGAACCAUCUCUCCUCGACCGUAGAUGCCAGCGUGCUAAACUGGGGUGAACCCCUACCAGACCGCAUCCCCUCGCACCCGGACAUCAUCCUGGCCGCCGACUGCGUCUACUUUGAGCCAGCGUUUCCCCUUCUCAUCACGACCCUCCAAGAGCUCUUGGGCCCCAACUCCGUGUGCUACUUCUGCUUCAAACGGCGCCGACGCGCCGACCUCCGGUUUAUGAAGAUGGUCAAGAAGGUGUUCCUCAUCGAAGAGAUCCAGGACGACCCGCACGCCAGCACUUAUAAUCGUGAAAACCUGUUUCUCUAUACGAUCAGGGUCAAACCAGCUUCCAGAAAAGGAUCAGCCAUGAGAGAAGCAUGA